AUGAGGUUUAACAAGCAAGAGUUAGCUGCGCUAGCUUCUCAGACUUCUCAAAACUUCGAUCGUGAGGGUGUAAUGGUGUUGAAGGAGAAACAAGACGGAUUUUUCCGUCGUUCCGAAGGUUGUUCCGUGCGUUGGUUCCGUCUUAGAGGCAAUCUUUUAUUUUACUUAAAAGGUCCUGAUCCUUGGCAUGAGCCUAUUGGUGUAAUUGUUUUAGGCCAACAUCAAAUUAAGUUGCAAAAUCAAGAUGAAAAUGGAUAUUGGCCAUUUCAUAUAGUGUGGGACAACGGUAUUUGCUAUAGAAUGGCCACAUUUCAUGAAGCAGAACGUAUUCUUUGGUUGAAAGCUAUUGAAAUGGCACCAUAUGAUGCUAUUAAUUCACAAAUUGUAGCAUUAAAAGAAAAACUUAACAGAAUAAGAGCUAUCACUGAUAUAACAACAUAUAGAUUACAAAAAGGAAUAGUGUUGGAUAUGAAUGAAGUACCACUUUGUGAGUUGGCUCUUUCUUGCGAUAAUUUGUUGUGCGAUGCUCAUGGGCGUCCUCCUUCACCACUUAUAGUCAUUUAUGUAAAAUACUCUAAAGGACUGUGCAUCAAGUAUGGGACUACAGAGAUAGUGGAAACUUGCAGCAAUCCUUCCUUUUCAAAGACGAUACUGUUUCGUGCGAGCGAUGGUUUAACACGAGAUGCUAUCGUCAGAGUGGUAGUGUAUGAUGUCAAAGAACGAGUUUCUGAAACUGCAGUGCCAAUGGGAUAUACUUCAAUGCAAUUAAGCACUAUACAGGAAGCCCAGAGAUUGCGUGUGGCUCUUGUAACCCGCGAUAGCAAGACUGUUGGUUUUGUGACAGUAAAUGGUUGGAGUUUAGAACCUUCGUACAUAGGAACGAGUCCGAGCCACUCGAAUGAUAGGAAUUGUAUAGAUAUACCGCAAAAAGUUCUGUGUCAUAGACGUUCCCAGUCACUGCCUCCUAGGCUUGGUCUCAAAUUAAAGUUUCCGUCGUAUGGAAGUCUUUUAAAACAGAACUUCGUUAACAGUCAUCAGGUCACAUACAGAUUCCAUUCAGGUCUCGGCGGUGAUAUAACUGUUCACGAAAUAAUGGCUGAACCUAAACUGUGUUACCAAUUCCCAAUGCAGCUUUUAGAAAUAUAUAUACAAAGGGAAAAGGAGCUCCUAGAAGAGUUACUGUCUGUUGGGGAUAUGUGUGGUCACUGGCAAAGCAGGCAGUUAGAGCUGGCUGGGACUCAUGUGUCUUUGUUAAAACAUUACUGUCAUUCGAAGAGGUGCUUGCAUCAAGCAGAACAUGCAUAUUUUAAAGCCAGUAGUAAGAAAGAUGAUUCGAGCUUAGAAUUCGCGCCGAUCAACUUGCACCUACAACGUAUGUGGGUAUAUAACGACACAUUGAACAAAACUGGUUUCCAUGACGUCAUUACAGCGGGUGCAUUUGCUGCUCAUACGCACAAGUCUGAACGUACUGGUGGACUAAUUAGACUCGUCCAACAAGUAAAAGACAUAAGCAGCACAAAGGCAGCACUAAAUUAUGCCGCUGCAAAUAAAAUACAAGCAGAGUACGAUAAUGUUAUGGCAUUAAUUCGGUUACGAGAUGAAAGUGUGACGUGUAUGGAAAGAAUUGUAGUGUUAUUGCAAGCCAAUCAAAAAACUGAGGCAGUGCACAGUACUGAAGUCAUUAAGGGCAAAGUGAAAAGUAUGCUUGCAUUAUGGGAACCGGCUGUUGUGGAAGAAUCAUUAGCAAUUAUUGGAUGGCCGAAACGUAAUUGUGAUGAUGACACGGAAAGCCAUGUAACAUCAACAAUAAUACGUCUGACAGAACAACUAAAUGUGUUUGACAAUUCCGACUGCGACACAUUUGAUGCUUCAUCUAGUUCUAGUUCCAAAGAAACUUCACCAACAAUCGAUACAGCUCUAUUCCCAUCGAGCUCCUUUAGUAAUUGUCAAAAUAAAGAUUCAAAAAGCGAAUUACAAUUCUUCAACGAUUACUUUAAUAGUGAAGAAAGGAAUCGAUUGAAUCAUUCAUUCAGAUCAGUUCGUUCACCAACAAAGCCCAAAUUGAACGAUGCACAUAGUUUUUCAUUCGAUUCGAAAAGAACUAGACAAGGCAGUUUGCGUCACGAUUUUAAAAGUACGGCGUCUUUGGAGCAAGUGUCUUAUAGGUGUGUGAUGGAAAGCCUGGGUGGGCUUGAUAAGAAAAAGAAUUCCGAAAUAAAGAAGGAAUCGUCGUCUUUGCCGAGCAUUGGACAGAUAGAUUCUAUAACAAGAGAGAACAAUUUGGCCUUCUUAAAGAGUGUAGGCACAGACGUGGACUCAGCAAUGACUGUUGUAAUUGAUUCUGUUGUUAAAUUGACUGAGCAAAAUGAAGAAGUAUCUGAAGAGGAACUCGAGCAGCUAAAAAAAUUGACAGAAGAAUUUAAAAUAACGACCGAGUUGUUAGUACGAUGGAUUCGUAUAUCGCACGCCGCACUACGACUGCGAUGUGAAUCGCCGACUUGGGCUAGGGAGAACGCCGCAUUGCAAACACGAAGAGAUACGUGCUUCUCACAAGCGCUGGCUACACUAACAGCAGGAUUACUGUGUUGGUUUUGCUCAAUGCCUUGUGACUUGGUAGUCAAAGUGCUGACAUCGAAUCUUGGACCUUUAUGCGGAUUCGAAGGCCUAUUGAGUCUCUAUUCUGUGGAAAAAGCAAUGUGGGGUGACAUGGUAGUGGCCGUCGAGGACUUACAGACUGUUGUAUUUACUUUGACCAAAGUUGGACACAGCAAUAUGGCGAUACCACAAGUGACUGGGACACGGGGCGCGUUGACCGUGUACAUACCAGUCUCAGAUUCGCUUUAUAGUAAAUUCACAAAUAAACAGCACUUAAGUUUUACAAUAACGGCUGUAUUCUUCAAUAUUGGUGUAAACGAGAAGGCAACACUUGCCGAAGCCCUGGGAGAAACAACUCCUCAAUAUCAUUCAAAUAACGACAACUUAGAUAGACUAUGCAAGUACUAUCACAAGUAUAAUAAAGUUUUUCCAGCAGACCCCAUGGCUCCUAACAGAGCUUCAUCGAGAACUAAACCGUUAGAAGAAGUGAUGGAGAACUUACGUAUAGCCGUACAUAAAAAAGUGCCUAAAAAUAUAGAAGUUUUACAAUUAGCUGCCCUAGCGACGAGACUUAUGAAUGGUAUAAGAUUCACAUCGUGCAAAAGUGCCAAGGACAGGACUGGUAUGUCGGUCACGUUGGAGCAAUGUUCGAUAUUGGCGUCAGAAUACCACCUCGCUGAGAACGAAAUGAAGAAAGCUCUGAAUAUUAUGAGGAGUGAAGGGUGUCGUCGUGAGAAUACAUAUAAGAAUAUUGGUGUUAGAAAAUAUGCUUUCACAAAGAAACAGGUGGUGGCACUUCCCUUAGAUUAUAGACCACCGCCAGGCACCUACGGAUCUUCUCAGACC